GGCCCGGCCGUGCCCGCCGCCGCCCGGCCGCGUCCCCGCUGCCGCGCCGCCCGGCCGGGUGCAUGCAUUGUGGGCCUCCCGACAUGGUCUGCGAGACGAAGAUCGUGGCCGCCGAGGACCAUGAGGCGCUGCCGGGGGCCAAGAAGGACGCGCUGCUCGCCGCCGCCGGCGCCAUGUGGCCCCCGCUGCCCGCAGCUCCUGGGCCGGCCGCCGCGCCCCCCGCGCCCCCACCUGCCCCGGUGGCUCAGCCUCGCGGCGGGGCGGGGGGCGCGGGGCCGCCGGGGGGGCGCGGCGUGUACAUCCGCGAGUUCCGUGCGACCGAGCAGGAGGCGGCGCGCCGCAUCUUCUACGACGGCAUCAUGGAGCGCAUCCCUAACACGGCCUUCCGCGGCCUGCGGCAGCAUCCGCGCGCGCAGCUGCUCUACGCCCUACUGGCGGCGCUGUGCUUCGCCGUGAGCCGCUCGCUGCUGCUGACGUGCCUGGUGCCGGCCGCACUGCUGGGCCUGCGCUACUACUACAGCCGCAAGGUGAUCCGUGCCUACCUGGAGUGCGCGCUGCACACGGACAUGGCGGACAUCGAGCAGUACUACAUGAAGCCGCCUGGCUCCUGCUUCUGGGUGGCCGUGCUGGAUGGCAACGUGGUGGGCAUUGUGGCCGCACGGGCCCACGAGGAGGACAACACGGUGGAGCUGCUGCGGAUGUCUGUGGACUCGCGUUUCCGCGGCAAGGGCAUCGCCAAGGCGCUGGGCCGGAAGGUGCUGGAGUUCGCCGUGGUGCACAACUACUCCGCGGUGGUGCUGGGCACGACGGCCGUCAAGGUGGCCGCCCACAAGCUGUACGAGUCUCUGGGCUUCAGACACAUGGGCGCCAGUGACCACUACGUGCUGCCUGGCAUGACCCUCUCGCUGGCCGAGCGCCUCUUCUUCCAGGUCCGUUACCACCGCUACCGCCUGCAGCUGCGCGAGGAGUGACCGCCAGCACUCACCCGCCCGCCACCCCGGCCGCCCUGCCCGCCUGUGCCCGCCUGCCCGCCGCCCGGCGCGGCCUCUGCUUUCAGACGCCCACCUGGUGUUUGGGUUGGGAUUUCCCUUUUCAACAUCCUGCGGUUGUCUGGCUGGUUCUGGGGGGUGCGGGGCUGUUGCUCUUCCGCGACACUGGUGGGGGUGGGUCGUUUGUCGCCACAGCCCCUCGCCCUUCCCCACCUGCCCGGGCGGCUUGCCACCUGAAGAGUGGCAUCUUGGACCACCGCAGUUGUCCACGACGCUGCCCUGCCCGCCGCCACUGGGGAAGGCCCAGCCUUGCUCACCAAGCACAGAACCUCGCAACAGAGCCCGGGGCCAGGCUCCGGCCCCGCCUGCGGCCCCAGCGCCACUGCCCGUGGAGGCCCGAGCUGGCCAUGGCGCUGCUUUGCUCCGAGCAUGCCGAGGGUGUGGCCCGGCCGAGCAUGCCGCAUGCACACAGCCCUGCCCUGCCGCCCUGCCCGGAGACCUGGGCCGGUGAGCGCCCCUGUCCCUGGCCCCGAGCUGGCCAUGGGAGGGCCUGUCCCUGCCCCCACCCCCUGGAGGGCCUGGUCUGCCCCGCGCUGCCCGGCUCUGUCCACGCCUGCUUUGCUCUGAUGCCCUCCUUUCCUCUGGCUCCGGCCCCUCCCCUGCCUGGGCUGGGCUGGCUGGUGUCAUCACCUGGGUGGCUCCCAUGGCGUCCGUGGCACCGCCGGGGUGGGGGUCCAUGGGACCCCUCUCCCCAGUGCCCACUGGAUCACGGUGGCUUCUCCCAGAUUUCCCUGGGGACCUCCUGCCUCUGGCUGACGGUCCACCCUGUGAAUCUUACCAGCCCAGGCUGCUGCCAACAGCGCCCAGCCCACAGCUUCUCCCAGCCUGAAACCAACCCAUUUUCUAAUAAGUUAUUUAGACAGAAUAGCACUCUGCAUGACUUUAAUUCUUGGGACAAAACGGUAGUUUGUACCGUAAGACACAGUUUCUGGCCCAGUGUGAUGGGGGUGGGUGGCCAGGUGGGUGGAGCGCUCUGCUGUUGGAGACCUGGAGGGAAACCCUGACUGGGUGUCAUUUCCCACCAUGGAGCACGUCUCCCAGCCCUGGCCUGCAGGGUGGGCAGGGUGGGGGGCAAGGGAGUCCGCAGCCUCUGGGAGGAGGGGCAGGGUGCUGCCUUGGGCUGGGUGGGAAGAGGGUUGGCCGCCUCGGCUCCUGCUGGCCAUGCUCCUGGUCUCUCCUUCCUGAGGUCACAGGCAGGGGCUGCCCUGGGUGGGGGGGUGGCCUGGAAGGGGAGACAGAGGAGGAGGGUGACACAGGUCGCACAUCCAGCCUAGAGGCGGACCUGGCUUUGGUGGCAGGAGAAGAAGAAACACUUGCCCAGACCCCUUUGUGUGGGGAAUUGGGGAGGGGGUGUGGCAGGCAGGCGGGCCACGGAACUGGGUCCCGGGCACCAAGGCCACGUGCAGGGCCACGGAGGGAUGCUCCUCACGAGGCUUCAGAAGUGAGCGAGGGGACGGAGAAGCCCCGUGUCCGAGGGCCUUUUGUCCCGUUAGCAAUUGAGGUGUGCAGAGCACUGUACAGACCCCACUCCCCUGUACAUUCUCCCUGGAGGUGCCCGGUCCCUGCUCGGGGAUGGGAGUUUUGUAGACUGUACAGAAAUCGGCACCCUAUUUUCUUGCAGCUCAGAUUUUGUUAAUCUGGAAUAUACAGACAGACGUAAAGUGUUUUAGCAAAAUGGAAACAAACAGUUGUGCCUUUUUCCUCUUUUGGUUUGGUUUGGGUUUGGCUGGGGGCAGGAGGGGCAGGGCGGGCCAAGUGCAGUCAGGUCUUGGGAGUGUCAUGUCGGGGUGCCGCCAGCUUCCCUUGGUCCUGUGCCUUUGGAGCCUUGGGCUCCUGGGGUUAAGGGCACUUGGGGCUGGCUGUUGGAGCCCACCAACGCCAGGGCAGGGCCUGGAGGCCCAGGGAUUGCCAGUGUCUCGUUGAUACUGACCUGAGCUGGGCUCAUAGCAGAUCCCCCUCCUGGGUUCUGAGAGUCCUGGGCAGUGUGGCCCUCUCCCAUUCUGGUGGCACCUGCGCCCCUGAGUGACCUCUUCCCUGGCUGCACUGCCCUGUGGGUGGUGGGACGCUUGGCCUUUCUUUGUUGCUGUCAGGACUUGGUAGAGAUGGCAGGAAGGGUGUGUGGGGUGGUUGCGUGCGGAACCCUGCCGCCCCUGAGGUGUGCAGAGGCACUGGUGUGCCUGCCAGGCUGGGGCGGAGCUGCCCGGAGCCCUCUCCAGGCCAAUGUGCAGCUCAGUGGGGCCCUUGAAGGCCACUGGGGGGCAGAUGUGUCCUCCCCCCGGGCUGGAGGCCAGGCUGCCCUGGGCCGCCUUGUCCCUCCAGCCCGGGAUCCCACUGCUCUGCACGUGUGCACUGACGUGAAUUUUAUAUGUUUGUAGAAACUGAUGUAACUUUUUCUACCUCUGAAGCGCCCUCCUGGGCCCUGCUGUCAUGUGGCUGGUGCGGCUUCCCCGAGUGCUGGCCCCCUGCCCGCUCCCCAUGGGCACCCACCACUCAGACUCUGCGUGGCGAGGCCCAGGGAAAGCCAGCCCGGGGCCCGGCACUGCUUAGGGGCCUGGGGCUCCUGGAAUUUCUGUGUGUUUGGAAGCCUCUGUAGUGGGGAGGGCAUAAGGCGGGAGGGGCUGGCAGUGCCCGGGGCCAGAGCUGGGCGAAGGAGGAUGAGCAGUGCAGGCCUGACGAGAGGCUCCGGGCAGCUGAGGGCUGAGGCGCCUUGGGAUGCCCCGCACUGCCCAGAGCCAUGGGUCUUGCUGUACUGGGGGUGGGGUGGCCCCGUGCGGCUGCCACCACCCAGGUGUGAGCCGCUGCAGACCUGGCUCCUGAGGGUGGGAGGCCUGCUUGUGCUGAAGCUGCCAUUUGGUCUGGCCCCCAGAAGGGCUCCUGAGUGUAGGGAGUUGAGCCCCGCAGCCAUGGUGGCGUCUCCCCCUCCUUCCUCCGCCCCAUGCCCAGCCUUGCUUCCGGCUGGUGUCAUGCCUUGGGGCCAGGCAGCAGCUGAGAAGCUGCCCCCAGAGGGAGGGACCAACUGAGGGCUGAGUUGGUCUGGCCUGAGGGCUGGCCUUGGGGGAAGGCUGGGUCUGGAGGCCCUGUGGACAGCAGGCCUGGGGCCACCCCUCUCCUGCUCUGGGUGUCCUCAGAGAAGAUGGCAGAAGGUUGCAGGCCUUAGAGGGGACAGGUGGGGGACGCCCUGAGCUUCCUGGCCGUGUGGCAGGUGCUGAGGAAGCUCUCUGGGACAUAAGGACCUGGCUCCCCUCUGAGAGGCCCACCUGCCCCGGGGCAGCCAGGGCUGUGCCUGUGGCCUGAGGCUGGGAACUUGGUUUCCUGGGCUCUGUUGGCGCCUGGGAUUUGUGGGGGCCAAAGGUGAUUGCCCCGCCAGGCAGGGGGCUGUGUGGGCCCUCGUGGGGCCAUCUUCUUGUCAGUGCCCGAGGGACGGUGGAACAGUUGCCCCUGCGCCGAGGGAGCCCACUGCCGUCCCCCAUGAGCUGGCGCUGCAGCUGCGCACCCUGUAUUGCCUGCUGACUUGCUUGUGUCUGUCUGGAAGCAGUUUCUGUUUGGCCACAGGCCUGUGUGCCUGGGCUGAUGGCCACAGAGCUGACACUUGGGAUUUGAGUUCCAGACUUGGCAGACCCUGGGAUCCGCUUACUCCUCGGCGCCACGGCUGCUGUGCUUCCAAUGGUGGCAUGAUGCCUCCUGGGGCCACAGCGGGGUGAAGGAGGGUGAGCCGGACAUACCAUUGUUGGAUGUAUUUUUUUUUUUAAAACAGCAAUAAUUAGCCAUUUUAAAGGAGGGGUGUACCUGUGUGUGCAUGUGCACGUGUUUGAGCAUGUGUGUGUGUGUGUGCAAGUGGGUUCUUGAUGUGUGUAGUGUGAACAUGUGUGCAUGUGUAUAGGUGUGCAUGUGUGAGCGUGUGCACGUGUAUGAGUGCGUGUUGUGUAUGUGCAUAAGCAUGUACACGGGUGAGCAUGCAUGUGUGCAUGUGAGUGUACACGUGUGUACAGGUGUACAUGUGCAUGAGUUCUUGCGUACCUGCGUGAGCACGUGUAUGAUAUACGUGUGGGUGUGCGCAUGUGUGAGUGUGCAUUUGUUUGUGUCGGGUAUGCAUGAGCAUGUAUACAUGUGUGAUGCACAUGUUCUUGUGUACUUCUCUGAGGGGCACGUGUAUGAAUGGAUGCGUGUGUACAUAUGCAUAUGGUGUAUGUGUACUUGUGUAUGCGUGGGCGUGUAUGCGUGUGAGUCCUUGCGUGUGCUGGUGUAUGUGUGGGCAUGCACGUGUAUGGAUGUACAUGUGAGGUGUACAUGCAGUGUAUAUGUGUGUUGCAUGAGCAUGCGCGUGUGUGAGUGCCUGUGUGUGUACUUGCAUAUAUGUGGCUGUGCAGGCACCCGGCGGUGGUGAGCUGGCAGUGCCCGGGGAAGCAGGUCCUACCCACCGAUUCCCUGCUGGGCCCCCGGCCCUGGGCAGAGCUUCCCUGGCCCCUCUUGCCCCUCGGUGGGGCGGGGCCUCGGUGGACGGCCUGGGCAGCUCCAGGGCAGGUCCAGGGAGGCCAGGCUUGGGGAGCGCAGGGGGUGGGGUUCACCUGCCGCUGUUUGUUCCCGAAACUGUACUGUGAGCCCACGGCGGGGGCAGAUUGUUCUGAGGCCCCAGAUGUGCCAAAACAGCCCCCAGGGUGGGGCAAGCGCGUUCUGAGGGGAGGGGCUGCGGGGGCCCGGGGUGGGUGUGCGCCCCUCCCCUGGAUGGCCCCCAAUGCUGCUGUUUUUCAAUAAAACCAGAGUUGAAGGCA